AUCAGUAUCACAUGUGUGGUAGUCUCUUUCCGAAGUGGUAGUGUGAUUGGUGAUCUUCAAAUGAGUCUCGCAGCACCAUCUCAGGAUUCCGCUGAUAGUCUUGCUCAAUCAGCCACUGACCUAUCACCUGCUAAUGAGACAUUACCCUUUUUCGACGAUUCUCUUUACGUCGAAGAGUUAACCGUAGACAAUACCGAUAGUUGUGAGAACAGCAACCCCUGUAGAAAUGGAGGGACCUGCACGGAUGAAUUCAACACGUAUAGCUGCGCAUGCCCAGAGGAUUACACAGGGACAGACUGUUCAUCAUUCUCUGGCAGGACUGGCCUAUCCCCUGGUGCUAUUGUUGGAAUCAUACUUGGUGCUAUGUCGGGAGCUCUGAUUUUCGUUAUCUGCGCUUGCUUAAUAAUGGUCCAGACAGUGCGUCGUAAUGAGGCAAAUAGGAUGUUAAUGGGGAUGCAGAAGCAUAGCAACUACCACAUCUCAGACCAACGGCGUAUAUUCGAUGACCGACGGUCGGAUCGUUCUUUGGACGAUUACUCGUUUGAAGCUUCUCUUGAUCGUCGACAAUAUGAUAUCGGUAGAGCUGUUAAUCGGAUAAGACAAUAUCAAGGAAUGGAUAACCCUGGACGAGGAGGCUUGGAUAACUUUGCUACACCAUAUGUAGUUGAUGGGCAUAGCAGCGCCAGUGGAGAGAGCGUCGUUGAACGAAACCCGUUACACUACAGCUACAUGUACUACUAAGGCUUAGAUGUAUCUGCAAACAGUCCCAGUACAAUUUUGAUUUGCACCCAACCUACAUGUGAUGUGAAUGUGUCCAGGAUUGAUUCAUUGAAUACGCUAAGCACUGGAAGCGGCAACCAGACCCAAACCUGGGGUAGUAAAUAAUGCGCCUCGGAAUAGACUAUAAUCCUAUAACGCAGAAUUGAGCAUUACAAAUGUCAAUUUACCUUCACUCUGACCUGUUCUCAUUAUUAUUUUAUAUGCUAUGUGAGCUAAAUAUAUCUAGCCUCAAUCAAGCUUUUCUCUUAUUAUAAUCAAAUUGAAACAAUAUUAUACGGAGGUUGGGUUUGAAGCAUUUAAAUUGUUAUCAUUAUAUAAUUAUGAUUAUUCACAUGACAAAUUCACCAUUUUCAUUUAUAAGGAUUUGUUUAUUCGGGACAUUAUAGAAUAUGUAUGUGUCAUACAUACAGGAAGCAAAUAUCAAAUGUAUACAUUUUUUACCUGUUUACUUAAAAAAUACAUUUGCAUAUUAUAAAAAGAAUGAUUAAUCAAACUCCUUAGAAUAAUUAAUGUAAAUCUCUAUACUUUUGUCAAUAGUUUGUAAUCAACAUCAUGCGUUACACAUCGAUGGAUAUAACUUCGCCAGAGAAGCGUUUCAUAUGAAUAUGUCGUCCGACAAGUUAUCGGAUCUGAUAAUUUUCCUUGAAUCUGAAUGGCUGAGAUGCACAUUUCCUGUGAAAACUGUCGGAUAAAACAGUCGACAAGUCCUUAUGCGAAACGACUCCCAGGAGUAAAUAAAUUUCCUGAAUCAUUUAAUAUUUACCUCAAUACAUAAGUCAAUGCAAAGGGUUCACAGAUAUGUGAUAAUAUAUCAGAGUCAUUGUAAAUACUUUGUUUAGUUCCUGAUAUAUGAAAGUUCUAUUUACUUAUCGCUCCGAUAUUACAUUCUAAAUGAAUAUAAUGAAAGUUUAGCUUAUGUAUUAUACACAGAACAUGUAAUAUUGGAGAAAUGUGGAGCGUUUUGGCCCAGUGGCUUAGUCUCCGGACUCUGAAACAGAGGGUCGUGGGUUCGAAUCCCAACCAUGGCGUAAUUUCCUUCAGAA